GCUCUUUUAUAACACUCAGUCUCUCACAAACGCAGAGCCGUUUAUCUCUCUCUCUCGCUCUGUCACUCGUUCUCUUCCUCUGAGUCUCAGAUCCAGCAAUGGCUUUUGUGAAAGCUCAGAAAACGAAGGCCUACUUCAAGAGGUUUCAGGUUAAGUUCAAGAGAAGAAGAGAGGGUAAGACCGACUACCGUGCCAGGACUCGGUUGAUUAACCAGGACAAGAACAAGUACAACACCCCGAAGUAUCGUUUUGUUGUUCGUUUUACCAACAAAGAUAUAACUGCACAAAUCAUCUCUGCUAGCAUUGCUGGUGAUUUGGUUCUUGCUGCAGCUUAUUCCCAUGAGCUGCCACGAUAUGGACUUGAAGUUGGCCUUACAAACUAUGCUGCUGCUUACUGUACUGGACUCCUCUUGGCUCGCCGUGUCUUGAAAACACUUGAGAUGGAUGUUGAAUACGAAGGCAAUGUGGAGGCUACUGGGGAGGAUUACUCAGUUGAGCCCGCAGACACCAGGAGGCCUUUCCGUGCUCUCCUAGAUGUUGGUCUUAUCAAGACAACAACUGGAAACCGUGUUUUUGGUGCCCUCAAGGGUGCUCUUGAUGGUGGUCUGGAUAUCCCCCACAGUGAGAAGAGGUUUGCUGGUUUUGGAAAGGGUGAUGGUAAGCAUCUUGAUGCUGAAGUUCACCGCAAAUACAUCUUUGGGGGCCAUGUUGCUGGAUAUAUGAGGACUUUGAUGGAAGAUGAACCUGAGAAAUACCAAUCUCACUUCAGUGAAUACAUCAAGAAGGGAGUUGAGGCUGAUAGCAUUGAAGAGAUGUACAAGAAGGUUCAUGCUGCCAUCCGUGCAAAUCCCACACCUAAGAAGUCUGAGAAACAGCCUCCAAAGGAACACAAGAGGUUCAACUUGAAGAAGCUCUCGUACGAGGAAAGGAAGGCCAAAUUGAUUGAGAGAUUGAAUGCUUUUAACUCCGUAGCUGACGAUGAUGAUGAGGAUGAUGAGUGAAAGUAGUGUUGGAUUCAGUGCUUUAUAUUUGUUGAUUAUCCAUGAUACAUUUUGUUUUUUUGUCAACGAAACUGAGAACCUAGCUGUGUUUUUCUUUUUGUUAAAUUUGUCAUUUUUGCAGGUUGUCUUUCAUCAUCUAGAUGUUUAACUAGAUAUGAAUGUUAGUUUUGCAUCAAUUAUAUCAAAGUUUUGACUUUGUCAUACUAUUUAAUACUGCUUAUCUUUCAUAUUAUGAAUUUCCUGCGUUGUUGA